AAUAAAAUGACUCAGUGAUGACGAUCCGUGAGUUUUUCCGCCAUAAAAUUGCACUCAUUUUGCUGCAUUACAUUCAAUUAGCACAGAACAAAUAGGAGUUAUUAACAAAUGCAUUGUUUAGUGAUAUAGCUCUACAUCAGAGUGGAUGGAGCACUGAGCAGCAGUGAUUUGAGCCGAGAUCUGUCCGCGGUGCUGAAACAAGAAUCCAGUCUGUCAAAUCGAUGAUGAACAGAUCAGUUUUCAGGUCCAGUCAGAUUGUUCUGUGUGAAAGAAGUGACACCGGUGCCAGAAGGCUCACAUGCAAGAGUGCUAUUUUUUUGUUGUUUGUUUAGUUUAUUGAUUUCUUUUUCAGUGUGAUGUUGGAUAGAAAUACGGGAGUUAAGAGUGGGAUCUCAGACCACCAGCUCUCCCGCUCUAGUUGUCACAGUCGAUGAGUUUUUACAGCAAGACACUGGCACCUAACCCAUCACCAGUCUCUCGGGAUAAGCGCGUCAGCUAAAAGCGUUAAAUGUAAAUGCGAAAGCCUCAGUGAAGACUCAGAAGAAGGGAUUAAAAUCCGCCACGCUGGGAUGUUAAAACUGCAUUAGACCUGAAUCCUCAUCGCCAGCUGCACAUCGCCCGUGGCCGGAUCAGAAUUUCAUGAAAAACUGCACAGAUGCACCCUCCUCCUCCCCAACCCCAUCAGUCCUCUUUAUGUCGAUCGGCUGAAAUUGUCAUUUUCCUUUAAGAUGAUGUAAGACAUUAGCCUACUUCACGGGACGAUUUUUCUUCUCUCUCUCUCUCUCUCUCUUGCACAGCUUGGAGCAACAUUAUCUCAAACCUUCUGCCGAUCCAGCCGUUUCCGCACUCAGCAGUUUGGAGAGAUGGAUGCGCACAGGAGGACCGCUUCCAUCCUCCUCUCUGAGAGCCGCCUCGGAGCAUGUUUCAGCAUCCCAGCAGUCGGGAGCGACGCUCAGUAGCGGGAUGAUGAGAUGCUGGCACAUUUUUUAGUUUAUCUCGGACUUCUGUGGCUGAACUAGGAGCCGGGCGCAACGGGGUGAAUCUUCCCACAGAAAACUUGUGUAGAAAUGCUUUUACUUUGUUUAAUGGUGGACGGGAUUUCAAAGUGAAGUGAGGAUUUUAUUUCUUUGAAGUCCCACUGACGACCCAUCGCAGUGAUGUGUGUAACAUAAUGCUGGUUAUGAUAAUCGAUUCCGUGCAAAAAAGGAUGCACCGUGGCCAGGCACAUUUACGCAUGGGGUUAAAGGAUAUACUGUAGACGCACCUUGGGAUUUGUUUUGUCAUGAGACACUGGAUGGGAGGACUGCAGCUUGAAUCAAGCCUGUGCUUUGGGUCUGAGUGCAUCAGCACCAUGCAGCUACACCCCACACCCUGAACUUCUUUGCGCUCCGUGAUCGAGACUCGGAUUUCAUCCAAGAUCUGAAGAAAAAAUAAAAACGAUGGCAUUGAGCGAAAACUGCAAAACGCAACCUGCAAAAGAACAAGGCUCAGUACAAAACCCUCCAUCGGAUGUUCUUGAGCUAAACGUGGGUGGGCAGGUGUAUUACACUCGUCUUGCCACCUUGACAAGCUUCCCAAAUUCCUUACUUGGGAAGCUGUUCUCUAACAAGAAGGGGUCUUCGAAUGACUUGUCCCGGGACUUCAGAGGACGCUAUUUUAUUGACAGAGAUGGCUUUCUGUUUCGGUAUGUAUUGGAUUACCUUAGAGACAAGCAAGUUGUCCUCCCUGAUCACUUUCCCGAGAGGGGAAGGUUGAAAAGAGAGGCGGAAUACUUCCAGCUGCCAGAUUUGGCCAAACUUUUGUCCUCCGAGGAGUCAAAACUCUUCCCAGACGACUUGUACUACAGUGAUUUCGACGACGUAUCUCAAGGCAGCGACCAGAGGUUUUAUCCCUCUCACUCCUUUGACAGGGGUUACGGCUACAUCACGGUCGCUUUCAAAGGCGUUUGCGCCGCGAGAGGCAGAGAAAGUCAAACUGAUUCCAAGGCCAAAAAGUUACCUAGAAUCUUCAUCAGCAGCAGAAUUAGUUUGGCGAAGGAGGUUUUUGGAGACGCCCUGAAUGAGAACAGGGACAUGGACAGACCAUCGGACCGGUACACUUGCAGGUUUUACCUCAAGUUCAGGCACCUGGAGAGAGCUUUUGACAUGCUGUCAGAGAGCGGCUUUCACAUUGUAGCCUGCAACUCGUCCCUGACUGCGUCCUCCAUCGGUCAUUACGCGGAUGACAGGGUCUGGUCCAAUUACGCACAGUACAUCUUCUACCGUGGGCCUUCUCGGUGGUCGUCCUCUCACUGCGACUGCUGCUGCAAGAGCCACAAAAGUGAGCGCGAGGGAGAGAGCGGCACUUCCUUCAACGACCUCUCCACUUCCUGCUCCGAGACCCACUCGGAGGCCAGCUCCCCUCAUGGGACGGUGAUCUGUGGCCCCGUGAGCCGACAGUCCAAGAUCCAGACGCUGGACCGGCCCAUGCCCAAAGGACCGGUUCACAUGCUGCAGCAGGCAGAGAUGCGCCGCAAAACUGACAUGCUCCGCGUGAGAACCUUCGGCGUCCGGGACCGAGAGGCCGCAAAGAGGAAAGGGAACAAGGAGAAGAUGACUCCAGAGCAGGAGCUGGAGAAAUGCAUCCAGGACUUCCGGCGCAUUAGGAUUCCCGAUCACUUUCCAGAGAGGAAGUACAUGUGGCAAUCGGAGCUUCUGAGAAAGUACCGUCUCUAAAUACGAAGAAGAAGAGACACAAAAGGACGAGAGACAGACGGUACUGCAGUAUCAAGCCACCACCAAGGAAGAGUAUUAAACUGCAUAGGCAAUACACUGCACCCUAAGACACACACUGUACUAGAAUAUAGAAAAUAAGUAUGGCCACUUUUCUGCCAGGAUGACUAGUGAAGCACACACAGUAAAAGGCAGUGUGAGUCAUUGACUUGUAAAGUGUAUGCACAGUGUUGUGUGUCAUAUGCACAUGUGUAAAUCAGGUUACUCCUGUCGGGGCUUACGUCACACUCCCCCCGUUCUCGCCUCAGAGAACUCGAGACACGGGAAAAGGCUACAACAUAACUAACAACAACAUAGCAACCUCAGGGGCAACAUCAUUUCAGUUCAUCGACCAAUCACAUACUGUACGUGCAAUUGCCCACAAUAGCUGUUUUUUAAACGGAUGUACCCAGAAGGUACUGUGAGAUAGCAAAGAAUUAUCACUAUACUUCACUGAUAACACGUAUACUUAUAGUACGCUUCGAUAACGGCACUGCAUGUCAUUUCACCCUUAGCAUACUUAUGCAAUAUCAAACAAAGUUUUGACUCACCGUUUCGUGUGAUGGGUAAAAAUGAUGCAUCAUGACUGAGACUGACGAGGAAAGCACUGCCUAGAUCUGUUUGCCAUUGUGAAACUUUUUGUCUAAUGUUGUCAUUAUGUGUUGGAUAGAUGAUGUUGUGUAGGUAGAGUAUAUAAUGACAAUGGAUAUUGAUCUAAUCCUUGAUUGUAAGUGUGCAAAAAAAGUCAAUAAAUGGGUUAGAAUUCUA